AUGACGGGCAGGUAGGAACUGAGCAGCAGGAGAAGCCCUCGGGGUCCCCUCGCCAGCGCCGGCGGUGAGGAUGGGCGGAGAGCGACUCCGCGGCCUCUGGCUCGCAGAGCGGGCAGUUCAGCCCCGUUUCCAGUCGAGAGCCUUCCCGCCGCCGGCAGCCCCCUCCUGGCCGGUGAUAUUAUCACUUGCGCGCUCGGAGCAGCCCUUGGGAGUGCCCAGAAAUCGGCCAGCUUAGCUGCUCAGGCUUUUCGCCCUUCACUUCGGGAUCAAAAGAAUGAAAUGAUGUCAGGGAGGUGUUUCAUAGCUGUCAACUUUUCCCUUUUUUAAAGGGAAAUUUCCUUAUUCCGAAUAGGAUUCCUCGCAAGAAAAGGGAAAAGUUGACAGCUGUGAGGUGUUUACGAAUUGGGCUUUCCACGGAAUUUGAGGCUGCCUUUUUUUUAUUGCUGCAAACCGCUUUGUUAGGCCUUUUCACACACAGCCCCUGAAAGAUUCCUGUUCCACAAGGCGUCCUUUUUAGGGUGCCCAAGACUCGCUGUUGCUUCUGCUACAACAGACUAAACCCACCCUGGAAUGUGUGACGCUUGCCAUUUUUGUUUUAAUUGUUUGGUUCAAUAGUGUACUGUAUAUAUAUGCAAAGCCCAGACACUUAUCUGUUACUGGGCAUGUGAAGGAAAUAAUGAAGGGAGCAUCUCUCCAGCAAGGGCAGAGUGAAUUUCCCUCAAGGAGGGACCGCAGAGAACUGGCAAAACAAAAGAUGGUGUGGUUUGGGUACAGAAAUAUUGUAACAAUGAUAAAACAAUCAAAGAGCCUUGUGGCAAAUUAAAGACUAACAAGUUUAUUAUGACGUAAGGUUUCAUGAACUCAAGCCCACUUUGCCAGAUGCAUGAAAUUUAGUUGGCAGGUAUAAAGGAGAAAAUUUCAAGGUGGGAGUUGAAUAGCAAUGAAAUGAAAAAAUUGCAGUCAGUGAAAACUAGAGCUUAAAUAUAUGUUUAAGGACCAUGCCCAGAGGCAAAUCUAGAUGCUAACUCUGCCCCUGUGUCAUUCUGGUUACACUAGAACAGGAUCUAAUAAUGGCAUCCGUAAUACCAGGGGUUUAUUCACCUAGUGAGAUUUAUACUAUCAUCUGCCAACAGUGCCCUUCAUAGGACAGACAGGUCUGUCUGAUAAUUGAAAUGGUAAUAUCCAUAAAUCAGUGAGAGAAUAUUUCCACCUCUCAGAGCACUCUGUAACUGACUUUAAGGGUGACCAUUCUGCAGCAAGAAACAAUACAACUCAAUACAGUUCCUCAAUAAGUUCAGUGCCAUCACUUAUGGGUCAACCUGAAAGAAAGAAUUUUUAUCACACUGUGUGUGUGAAUUAACUUACCAUUAUCAGGAUAUGACUUUCUUGCCAAUGGUUUUCAGCCAUACUACAGGAGUUAAUCUUAGCAAUUAGCACCAAUCUGCUACUGCAAAAGGCGUACAUAUUUAACAUAUAUUUAAGUUCAUAUUUUUAUUGUAAUUAUUGCAUCUCAUUGCCAUUCAACUCCCACCUUGCAAUUUUAUUCUUUUUAUACCUAUCAACUUUCACUUUAUGCAUUUGAAAAAGUGGGCAUGAGUCCCAAAAACCUUAUGUCAUGUUACAUGUUGUUAUUCUUUUAAGGUGCCAUAAGAUUCUGAUUGUUUUCUUGCAAGGAAUUAACACAGCUGCACCUCUGUAACUAUAAUUAGACAUUAAUUGCUAGUGUGAGUGACCAUCCUGUGAAUGUUCCCCAUGUUAUCUGUGCCUUGAACAGAUGUAGGUAGGAAGAAGAGUGGAUUGGAGAUCCCAAUGAAGUUUUGUGUUUUAUGUAUGAGCUGCCUUUGUGUAUCCCAUCUAUUGCUUUCUGCAUGGUUUUCUGUGGUCCCUAACAUUUAGGGCAGGAGGAAUCAGAACUUCUUAUUUCCCACCCUGUGUAAAACUAAUCGGGACAAAUGGAGCACUGACCACAUAAUGCUAUGCAUGUUAACUCAGAAGUAAGUCCCACUAUGUUCAUUCGGGCUUACUCACAGGUAAGUUUGUAUAGAAUUGCAUUUGAAUGUGUUUCAUAACGUGAUAUUAUUUCCCAGUUCUUUGGGCUCCCUGUAGCUCAGGUGGAAAAGUUAUAAUGAUUGAUUAUGACCAGAAGGAAUUAAAGGAAGCAUGUGUUUCACUUUCUCAUACUCACCUGUUUGAUUAUAUGGCUAUUUUGUUAAGUAACUAAAAGGAGGAAAAGCAAUAUUGAGCAAACUGGAUUCUUCAACAAACUUAUAUUUUCAAAGUCUUUCAUAAGACCUGUUUUAAAUAAUACACUGUUAAGAAUCUAAUUCUAACAAUCAUGUCUUGUUUUUGUGUAACUAUAAAUUGACAUGAUUGUUAGAAUUAGAUUCUUAACAGUGUAUUAUUUAAAACAGGUCUUAUGAAAGACUUUGAAAAUAAAAGUUUGUUGAAGAAUCCCGUUUGCUGAUUAUAGCUUUUCCUCCUUUUAGUUACUUAACAAAAUAGCUCAGGUGGAAAAGUUAUAAUGAUUGAUUAUGACCAAUGGUCCUUGAUUAUGACCAUUCUAUGAAAUGAACUGAUACUCAGCUGUCCUUCCAUUUUCUCCCAAAAGCAACCUUGCAUAAGCAGUGUAAGUUCAAGAUUGAUAAGGAGUUGUUUAGGAAGUACUUGAUACAAGUUCAGGUAUUCAGGGUCAGAUGAAUUUCUUUAUAAAAUACUAAAGGAACUGGCAGGUCUUGUCUCAGAAGAUAUUUGUAUCAUCUGAGAAAUUUUGGAGAACAGGUGAGGUGCCAUAGAACUGUAGAAAAAGUUUGUUGUUGUUAUUGUUGUUUUAUCACUUAUAUGCCAAAGUGGCAUGUUGUCUCAAUCCUCAGAAAUGGGGGAAAGGAAAAUUUGGAAAACUAUAGACUAUAGAGUUGAUUUUAUAAGGUUAAAGUCAGAUCAGUGCCUCAUUGAGAUACUGCCUGGGAACUACAGAAAUGCCACCUUGGGUUGUAGGAUGGAAGAAUGCAGGAUGUAAAUGUAAGAAAAUAUAUCAAGAAGUUGAUUUGUGAGCACUUUGAUAAUGCAGUUAUUAAUAGAAGACAGCAUUGAUUUUUCAAAAAUGUAUAUUGUUGCUAAACUCAGUACUUUUUUGAACAUAUUACUAGUUUAGUGGAUUGUGGGAAUGCUUUUGCAUAUAAAUUAUCUUUAUUUCAGCAGAAUGUUUGACAAAGUUGAUCAUGAUAUUUUCAUUAGCAAACAGCUUAGUGUUGGCUAGAUGAUAGUACUGUCAAGUGAUUCCCAGAAGAUUGCAAAAUUGUUCAGAGAGGGCUAAUGGAAAGAAGUUUCAAGUGGGGUGCUGCAGAGCUUUUACUUUGACCCAGUACUCCUUAAUGUUGUAAUCAAUGACUUAGAUUAAGAGGUAGAAGGCAUGCUUAUCAGAUAUGUGGAUGACACAAUACUGGUGAGGAUACCUAACACAUCAAAAAUAAAAUUCAAAAUGACUUUUAUCAAAUAUCUCACCUGGCGUCUUCCUUAAACAUCUUUAGGCACCAGGUGAAAACAUUCCUCUUCAACCAGGGCUUUGGCUGGUUAACAUUCUAGGUCCUUUAAAUGUGUUUGUAGAAGGGAGGUUAUUGGUUUGUUUUGGUUUUGCUCCUGUUUUUAUGAUGUGUGUUGUACUUUUGUUUUGUAUUUUUAUGCUGUGAACUGCCCUGAGAUCUUCAGAUGAAUGGCAGUAUAUAAAUUUAAUAAAUUAAAAAAAACCAGAAAAAUUUACAAAAUGAAAUUCAGUAGGGACAAAUGCAAAAUUCUAGAUUUAGGCUAGCUAAAUAAAUAAAAUAUCCAGGUACAGGAUGUGGGAUACCUGACUUGGCAGUGGCACACGUGGAAAUAAUAUUGCAAUUGUAGUCAAUCACAUGUUGAAACGAGCUAUUUGUGUGCUGUGGCUGCACAAGAGGCUAACGUGAUUUUUGGCAGUACAGUAUUAACAGAACCGUAAUUUCCAAGCCACAGAAAGUAAUAGUUCUACUGCAUGUCACAGUCACACUUUCUCCUGAGCUCUGUGUCCAUUUUGGGUUGCUGCACUUUAAGAAGAGCAUGGACAAACUGAAAAAGGUUGAGGAGGGCAACAAAAUGAUCAGCAGUAUGGAAAAUGAGGAAUAGAUGAACUGUGUAUGCGUAGUCUGAAGAAGGAAAGACUGAGAGGAAACGUUGAUAGGGCUCUUUCAAUACCUGAAAGGCUUCCACAAAGAAAUAGGAGACUUGUUCUUCUUCCUUAGAGAACAGGGGUAGACCUAAUGGGCUUAAGUUACAGGUGAGUAGAUUUCAGCUGAACAUUAGGACAAAUGUUUUGAUGGUAAGAGCAGUUUGACAACAGAACUAAGGUGGGUUUGACCUCACUGGAGGUCUUCAAGUAAAGGCUGGACAGUCAUCUGUUGGCGAAGUUGUCACUCAACAUUUCCAGGCACUCACCAAAUUUAUGAUUCUGUGACUAAUGGAUUGAGAGAGGGAUUAAGGCUGCAUUAUUAUAUGCAUAAGCCAGGUGCACUAGGCCAAUAUAAUGUUCACCUCCAGAUGUGUGAGUGGAAUUAGCAGGUGCAAAACCAAAGGUACUUAAUUUCAACACUUCCUGCUUGAAAUAUUUGGACCCAUUGCUCUGAAAGAUCAUUAAGAAAGCUAUUGUUUUCGUGUUUAAAAAUGUUAAAAAGCAGGUAGAAUAUAGGAAGGAGUGAUUUUGCCAGUACUUUUUUGUCGUUUUUAUGAAAUAGAUUUUGGAAUUGUCAUUUCUUACUUGUAAUACAUCUAAUUAUACAUCUGUGCUUGGUUGGGGUACUGGGGAAACUUUUCUGCUACUUGUUUGUGCUUCUUAGUUUAAAGGACUGGUUUUCUGCAUUGUUGGAUUUUGCUACUUUUUCUUUUUUCGGCCUGGAUUUUUAUAUAGCCAGAAUCAGCAAUAGUAAACAUAAUCGCACAUAAUUUUCAGUAUAUGAAAAAGUUGUGGUUUUUUUAAAGGAGAAAUAAGUUGAGGGGGGUUAGACUAGAUGACCCUCAUGUCCCUUCCAACUCUACAAUUUGAUGAUUCUGAGGUUAGGGAGGUCUGGAUCAUCCAAACAAUAUAAACGCUAGUCAUGACUCCAGCUUAUGUAAUGUGAUCUCCCUAAAGUGGGCGUGGAAUUAGUUGUGUAAAGGAACAGCUUGAGUCUGUAACACUACUGCAUCUCAGAGAGAAGAUAGUGGGGAAUGGAAUGUAAAGUAUGUUUCUUUUCUCAGCUUAUUGAUAUUCUGACUAUAUGUGGCUUUUGAAGUAAGCUUCAAAGCUAGCCUGCUGUUUUCCAGCAUUUGUUUUCCCAAGUGGCAAUCAGAUCACUAGGUAAUAUAGAAUUGUGAUGGAACUGGUCUAAGAAGACUGAUACGAAGGAGUCUAUUUCAGCAAGUAGUCUUCAGUAUUAAUUACUAAACAAAUUUGGUGGGGGGGGGUUUCUCUCAAAUUCAGUUUUUUUGAUUCUGUGAUUUUAGUAAAGGAAUCAAGGUGAAAAAAUCAGGAUUUUUUAAUUUUAGUUCUUGUUCAAAUGACUCUGAACAAAUUACACUAAUUCCACACUUGAAGAAAAGAAGGAAGAUGUUGAAUAGUUACAGAGCAGCAACUGCUGCAUAAGAAGCACGGACUUGUUCUUGUAGUAUUUCUGAGAAAAGCAGUUAUCCGAAGAAACUGCUUCCUUGAGCCUACAGUGUUAUUUGUGGACUGCUCUUCAGUUAUCCUCAUACAGCUUUCUUCCCAGAGGUAAUGAAUUCCAUGGCUGGCGUGAAACUUCGGGGGCUAGCAUCUUCCAAACUCUAUCAACGCCGGCAAGAUCGUCUGAGUGGCACAGGGUCACUAUGGAAUGAUGGGAAAGACAGGGCAGCUGGGAUAUCUAGGUAGGUUAUUUGGAUAGCUGUUUUAGAUUAAUGGUCUCGGAUUAUUGGAAUGUUUCCUUUGAAGCAGGAAGGAAGGCAAAACUAGACAGGCUGACACGACUGUGUUUCAGUUUCCACUCUUUGUUUGAAGAGGUAUCUUUGGCUCUGGUGUUAACAGUUCUGAACAAUAACAGGAAAACAACCAUGGGAACUUUUGCCUCCUUGGUGAUCCUGGGCAGGCUAACAAUGUGGGAGUUGUAGGCACCACAUAAACAAAAGCUAAGGCGCUGUGUAGUCUUAAUAGUCUUGUGAAAGUUCAAUCUUUUGUUGACACCUGGAACAAACCAAUACUUUUAUACCACCCAAAAUAAGUCUUUUCCAUUGUAAAUAGUUUUCUAUGUUAUUUUCUUUCUUUCUUUUCAUCAUAUAUUGAAUUGUCAUACUGAAAAAAGAAUAGGGAUUUGCCCUUCCCUUAAGAUCUCUAAAGCAGGGCAAAGUUCAGCAAGCACAGUGUUUCCUGUCUUUGUGAUAUGUCCCCAUGGAAUUUCAGUGGUUUUCAAAAUUCUUACAAGAAACAAUACCCUUAUCCCCUCUGGAACAUGAUCAUAUGCAGGAUAAAUUAAAUAAACACGUUGAUACCUAUCAUCACCUAGAAGACUCCUGCUCAGUUAGGCUUUUAAUUUUUUUGCCAAGUAGUCAUCAACUUGUGUCUAUUGCAAGGUUGCCAUAUUUCAAGUGAAAUCCAGACAAAAAUUCGUUGAGCUUUUAUUGGAAGGGGCAAAGUUGUUGAGCUUUUUUUUGGGGGGGGGGGACACCAUUGUUUCACAUAACAUAAAGCUAUUUGGAUUGCAUUUGGUCUGGUAGUAGAACCUGAAGCCUUUUCUUUUGUUUUAAGCAAAUAAUGUCAGGUCUGAAUUGCACUAGGCUGUAGGCUCUGUGUCUUAAUCUCAUUUCCCACAGUAAUCCAUACACUAAAACAUUUCUGUUUUCGUGACUCACUUACAUCCCAUAUGAAAAUGUGUGGUUUUGGUGCAUGAGAGGGUACUGCUUUAGAUGCAGGGGAAUUAAAGGGGAAGAUGCUACAAUAGAAGACAGGUUCAUUUACUGAGAUUGGAAGAAUACUGAAAUAAUUCAGAAGGGGAAGAAUUGUAGAUAAAAUGGAAAGUGUAGGGCAGUGCUUUUCAAAUUGUUCCACUCUCUGAGAGGUGUUUGAGCAUGUUGUAGAGAACAGGUGGCAUCAGUUGGGUCCACCAAUUCUGGCUGGCAUCUCAGAACCCAGAAUCCUCAGCCAACUAACUUACUUAAAUCAGAUGUGUUUAUGUACAUUAAAGGUGAAUCAGAGACUUGGCUCCUGAACUCUUGAUUUGCUUCUCUCCUGAGAUGUGAAUUCUUACAUCACAGCAGGUAUGCAGAAGUGUUGUAAGUGCUAAAGGUUUUUCAACCAACAUGGAUAGAUAGUGAGCAAGUAUUUGUGAGGCAGAAACAGCCCUCCCCCAAUUUACUUGUCUGUACUGAAAGGUAGAGUUAAGAACAGCCCCUUCUGAAUUCUCAGUUGUGCAAACAAGACUGAUUGUUUAACACAAUGGCAUGAAAUACAGUCCGUAUCUACAGGAAAAGGGGUGCCCCCACCCCAAGCAUCUUCUUCUUAAGGAAUUAAAUAUAACAUUGGUAUGUUUAAGGAAUUAAAUAUAACAUUCACCACGCCUUUAUGCUACAUUGCCAACUCAUCUUUUACAUGAGACAGAGAUACUGUAAAUCUUUGGUUAGAGUUCCUAAAUAUAUCAGAGAUCAAAAUAAAUUCUGGUUGUGGACUGCCUCUCUUGUGCCAUCAAGCUCCCAGCUGAGUUGUCACAAGGACCUCCUGAGCAGCUGUGAAUUUCAAGCACAGCAGAGCUCCAGGAGAAUUAAUAAUAGUGAUGUUUGGGUGUGAGAGAGGGUGCACUUGUGUUAUUUCUGAUGACCUCUUCCUCAUGCUGAUUUCAAUGUAUGUUUGAGCCACAAUGUGAAGAAAAUUCCACAGACCUAAAGAGGUCUCUUUCGUUGUUGCCUUUUCUUGUUUUUUGUUGAUCUUGACUGGCUAAUUUGCACAUGAAGACUUUUAUACCCAAAACAGAAUACCUCCAUUGUAUUAAUUAAAACUGAUUAUUCUUAAUUAUAAAUCUUUUAAGCUUUGCAUAUCUGAUUAUGCUUUGACAUUAGACAUCACACUUGGUAAACAGCCUUCCUAUGCCAUCUACACUGUGCUUUGGUUAUGAGUCACCUCUCUGUUGAUCUCCAGUGGAUCAAUGGGAUGUGUUUACCAGUCCAGCACAAUCCCAGGGACAAUUACUGCUACAGAGCUUAUGUUGCUCACUUUCAGUGGUGGUGCAGGUGCUGUAUUGUCCUGUGUUGUCCCACUCCUUGGUUCUCAGGCACAAACAUAUGAGCUUUCUUUAAACCAGAUGGCACAGUCCUUUCCAGAUGGCACUUUUCAGAUAUCUCCAUUUCACUGCCUCUAGUCUUGUCAUUAAUAACUAUUAUUGUCCUGCAGUUUCUCCAGUGCAGCCUCAAAAUGAGCAUGGAGUUGCUAUCUGAAGCAAGCUGUCCUCCACCAAACUUUGCUUCCAGCUUUGUGGCAUGAAUAAGUCUGAAAAGUUUAUGCUGUUCAUAUAAAAGUGGGAAAUGGAUGAUUGCUAGAGCAGCUGCAAAGGCUGAGAGGUCUUAGCAAGGGGCUGGCAAGCACAGUUAUAAAAGUAAUUAACUAAUAGACUGGUUGAUGGAGGUAAGUACUUUAACAGGUAGGAACAAUAAUGGAAAGACCUUUUGUAGGAUCAGAUGAGGGCAAGGUUGAAGAGUUACUUCCAUUUGGAGAUGGAGAUGUAUAUUUAAGGGAAUUUUAUAACAACAUCUGUGAAGUUUGCACUUUUAGAUUUGUCCGUGGCCAGGAUAAAAACUCAUCCUGUUUGAUAUCAUAAUUAUGUGUAAUAUUUUCUGAAUUAAUCUUGAUUAAUUUACAUCAGGCUUUCUUUAAGGCACUGUGACUUCUCCAUGGCCUUCGUACUUCUCAUUAACAACGACAUUUUUAUUUAUAACAGUCACUUAUUCUGUUUACCCUUUAUCAGUUUUAUUACAUCUCUGUAUAUCCCAAGAUAGUUUUGGGAUAUAGCACCUAAUUACUCAGUUUCAUUAUAAUUUUUCCUGUGCUCUCAUAAGAUUGUCUGGAUAGCUGAUUGUUCGUAAGAUUCUGCUGGGAGUUAUGAAAGCCUGCUGCCACUAUGAUGUUAAAUAUGAUCAAUCCUCUCACAUUUGACAUUUUUAGCCUGUUGUGUGUGGGUGGAUGAGUGGGAUGGAUGAAUUUAAGACCUGCAUAGCUAGAAUCCAGAAAUGUUUCCAAGGACAAAAACAUGGGCCUGCAAGGACACAGAUUAUUUGUCUCUUGGUGGGAGUUUUCAUUUCUGUUUCGUAAAGCCCAUUAGGACUCCUUCAGCUCUUGCAUAAACAUUCGUUCAAUUGUGUUUGUGUCCUGUUCAGUAUGUCCCACAUUAUAUGCUUCCCUGGUAGUUUUUGCACUUUGUGGUGUGGAAUAUAUUUGUGUUUAAAUAUCAAAGAGCAUGAGUAAAUCAACUGCAUUUUCCUCCAAGGUGACUUUGCUUGCUUCCAGUCCCUUCCAUAGUAGCAUAGGUGGCCUUGGGUGACUCUGCUCUGCCAAGGCAAUGAUAGAGGGCAACUGCUGAUGUGUCAGGAGCCCUGGUGGCUGAUUCCGUACUGACUUUGGAGUUAGAUCUCUUGAAAGCAUAGUAUUUGUAUUUUGCCUUUUGCAGUUAUCCAUGCUUCAGAAAGUGCCCAUAGGCUUAACUUUUCACAUUAAAACUCUGGAGGGGUUUGUUCACUCUUUCACAUCUGUUGAAGAACACAGCAUCAAGGCUAUCUCCAAACUCAGAAGAUUCCUUGUGAAUUUUUAUUUGCAUGAGUGAUGUUGAUAGUGUCUGGCUCUGUGACCCAGUAGCAUUUCUAAGCCAUAGAUUAUCGGAAGCAGAUAUGGCUGGAAACAAGACUGUCCAGAUCACAGAAUUCUACACAUAGUCAGAGCAUGCUUUAAAACCAGCCAAUGGAUUCUAAAGGUAAUGUAAAGCACUUAUCUGAAAGUGGACAUUCAGUUAUUUGUUUUUUCAUUCUAUUGUCUGCUUGAGACACUGGCAUCUAAACACAUUUAUUGUAAAUUUCCAUUGCUUUCAGUGACAUUUAAGACAAAUCUAGACAUCAGCAAAGUUGACUAUUACAAAGAAUAUUCUGUAAAGGGCACAGAAAAUUUAUUGAGUUUUCUUGGUUUUCUACUUUGUGCUAGAAAAUGCCUUAUUCAGUCCUCUUAUGCAGUUUGGAUUCAAAUAGGCUUAUCAUUGAAGUUGACAGAAAAUAUCCCACUGACCUACUGGAAGAUUUGGCUUUCUAACAUGGAGGGGUUGAUGAGCAUAUAUGGAACCCUUCAAUAUAUAGAUUUUGUAUAUCUGAUACCACAAGUAUGGUAAAACAUAAAUAAAUUUGUAAGCCUGGACUUCUCAUUCAUUUGAUUAAUUUGAUUUAGGUGGUUUUGAUGGCUUCAGUAUGUAAUUGUGAUAUUUCUUUUUCUGUUUUGUUCCCCAGUAACAUGUCAGAUGCCCUUGCAAAUGCUGUGUGUGAGCGCUGCCGAGCUCGCUUUGAUCCAACUGAGCGAAUCGUGAACAGCAAUGGGGAACUAUAUCAUGAAAACUGCUUUGUCUGUGCUCAGUGCUUCCGCCAGUUUCCAGAUGGACUCUUCUACGAUGUGAGAUCAGCAUCUUUCUGAUAGCGUGAAAAGCUACUUGACUUUUCCCUUCACUUACAUGAUUUUAAGAAGCUUGACUGAACUUUCUGUGGGGUUUGAUUAUCCAAAAUUCAUUUGAAAUUCUUACAUCAAUGACCCCCUUCCAUUUCCUCCAUGUAUACAGUAAUUUAGCUUUGAUAUGAUUCAAUGAUUCAGUCAUCAAUGAGGGGUUGCUUUCCUAGGCAGGACACCGGUAUUGUCAAUAAUGCCCUGCUUCAGACAUAGUGCUGAGCUAUUGUUUAGUGUUAUGUUCUUGAGCCAGGGCUUGUCUGCUCCAUCCUUCUCUAGGAUAGCCACAAGGAUGUGAUUAGAAGCUUUCAUUUUCAUUCUCAGUUAACCACAGACAAGCAUUAACAUCUGAAUCCUAAACUGUGGUUUGUUUUAACUGCGGUUUAUUGAAACAAACCAGUUUCAUAAACCACAGUUCAAAGUUGACUUGUUUCGAUUAAGCAUAGUUAAGACUAACCGCAGCUUGUCCUAUAUUGGGAUUAGAUGCUAAACUUCAGUUAGUUAAACAUGGAAGCAACAUUUUGUUCUUUUAUUUGGAGAUGUAUUGGAGGAAGUGUAGGGGUGGGGGAAGUGAGUAAGCUGAUGAAUUCAAGGCCCAUUCACCUGUGGAAUGCUGUCACUGUGCUGACCCAUCUCAACAAAUGCAACAUUGCCUGGUCCAGAAGGGUACCCUGUUGCUCUGCCGCCCAUCAUGCUCUGUUCUGCAGCCAAUAUAAUUAAAAUGAGAGAGUGUUGUAAGAGUGCAGCACAUGCUUAUAGAACAAAUAUAUUGUUAUUGAAAUGUUGAUCCAAAAUAGGUUGCAUUAGGGAUUAGCUUUCCUAAGAAUAAAUUACUUCAAAGGAACACCAAAAACUGCAGUGAUUGAAAUAAUGGUGGUAAAUAGUUUGCAGAAGCUAGAACUUUGCACUUGCAUUCUGUGUAACAGUAGCUUCAUACGCACCACACAUUUAAAGCCCACCCCCUUCCCAAAGAAUCCUGGGAACUGUAGUUUAAGGGUCCUGGGAAUUGUAACCCUGUGGUGGGCAAACUAGAAUUACAUAGUGGGAAUUUUGUAAAGAUAUGUUCUCCUGCAUCUUUUUUUACAGUUUGAAGGGAGGAAGUAUUGUGAGCAUGACUUCCAGAUGCUGUUUGCGCCAUGCUGUGGGGAAUGUGGUAAGAUGCAGAUCACUCAAGCCUUCUCUCUCUCUUUAAGGAAAGCUACACAAAGGUGAAAGAAUUAUUAAUGAUGGAUGUUGUUCUCAUCAGGCACUCUGGUCAAGAGCAAUAAAAUAAUUAGUUUUGAGGUUUUAAAGCCAAAGUUCCUGAGAUUCAGAAUAUAGUUUUUUUAUGUUUCAGUGGCAUGGAUAUUAGUCCUGAGCCUGAAAAAUUUGGGUAUGAAUUAUUCAGUGGCCUUCAUUAAGUCACUCUUACUCAGACUCAGUUUCUUCGAUAAUAGUUAAUUGCAGGCUUAUUCUGAGUCUAAGAUAAUUGUAAAUUACUUUGCAAUAUAAAUGAUUAAAAUAUAUCAUCCAUGGAAUUCUCUGUGGGGAUGGCAGUGCACAUAGAGAAGAGUCCUGAAAUAAAUCAAGUGUUUUAACUGAAGUGUGGUGCUUCUAUUCUAAGGUGAAUUCAUCAUUGGCCGUGUUAUCAAAGCAAUGAACAAUAACUGGCACCCAGAAUGCUUUCGUUGUGAGCUCUGUGAUGUGGUUCUUGCUGAUUUGGGCUUUGUGAAGAAUGCUGGCAGGUAAGAAGGAUCUGAGGACGUGAACAUGAGAUAAUUCUUUGGAUGUCAGGACCACUUCACACUCUAGAAGGAGAAAUCCCAGGGUGCGUGGUGGGAUCUGCAAAUGCAUGCUUUAAAUAUGUGCACACCCAGAGAAGGAGAUGCCAAAAAAUCACAGGCACAUAUGCACUUUUGCAGAGCUGAUAAUGUCUUCCGAAACACACAUUCAUCUCUCUUAAGUAUGAUGGUUUAGCAUGUGAACUGCAUGCAUAUAUGAAAUGUGUGAAAUGUUAAGCAGUCUUGUUGUGGGAUAAGCAAGGAAUCUGGACCUUGCUCUUAAAUGCAUUGAGGCAUAUAGCACAAAUGAAUUGGGAAGGUAUUGGCAGAAAACUAGAGAAUGAGUGGAGAACCAUCCUCAAUUGUAAGCAAAUUACUUUUAGAAAAAAGGUGAGGGAGUAGAAGAGGAAUAACCUAUGUAAACAUGAAGAUUAGGGAUUGGAUAAUUACUCACCAGAAACAACUUGGUGGACAGACAGCACACUGAACAGACCACAUAACUUCUUUUUUUCCUCUGAAUUUAAUAGUUUUUGAUUUUUAAUAAGUAUAAACAAUAUUUUUUUAAAGAAAGUAUAAAAUAUGAAGCUAAAUGAAGUAAAAAUAGACACCCAAGCAAACGCCCUUCAACAGGGAAGUAAAACAAAAACAAAAACAGCCUAGUAACUGCACCACAACAUUUGAAUCUUAACUUUUGGCAUCACUGCAUGCGAUUUCUAGCUAGAAGAGUCUCUGAGUUUAUAUUCUCACUUCUUGGGUGGGCAGCGAAUAGAACAGCUAUGAAAGAGUGAUGCAGUUUAUCUGGUCAUAGUAUAAACCUUCUGAAAUGGCCUUAUACUGAUACAUUUCCUAUGUAGUCCUGAUGACUAGCCUAGUAGAACUGAGCUAAUUAAAAGGGAACAACUGAGUAUGGUUUGUGCGCCUUUUUUCUUUGUUGCAAGGUCUCUGUAGUGAAUGCAAAGUCUGUUAUAGGAAAGCAGUCAGGAUUCCAUGGUUAACAGGCAAGUUGCAAGACUCCAUAAUAUUGUAGCUGAACAUUUGCUUCUUCUAAAUAAGGGUACAAUGGGGUCAUUUUUAAUUAUCUCACUGAGGACUCAGCUAGACUGGUGAAGAAAAAGUGAUUUAUAUGUGUUGUAUGUGCGAUAUAACCUUGUGCCACCAGAUGGCGACGUGGAGCCCCAUUUUUCUCUACCUGUUUUCCCUGUUUACAACUCUUUCAACUGAAACGCUUCUUUGAUGUGUCCAAAUCCAGCCAGGGUCUCCCCUUUUAGGUAGCCAUGUACAUUACGUCAGUUGUGACACAUGCAGUUCACAUUUCUCUUCUCCCCGGCCCUUACCCUGGCCGUGCUAUGCUGUACAACGGCUUUGUUGGAGCAUCAAGCAAACUAACGGUUUGCCAACCUGAUUUAGAAAGAAGAAAUACUCUUGAGCAUGUGCCAUUUCACAUCAUCAUGACUACAGGAAUAAUAGGAGGUUUGCUUAUGCUUCCCUGAUGGUAGACUCAUUUACUUGUAGAAAAAGACAAUGUAUAUUUGAAAUACAAAAUAAACAAGGAGCUGUAGCUGUGCAUAUGGCUGGCCAGCCACCCUCUCACUAUAUAACUUUAUAUAUAGUAAUAAAAAAAUACAUUGAGGUGACCACCAUUAGAAUGUAUACUCUGGCAUGUCAAUACCUGCCCAGGUGAUGACGUCAGGUCUACCCAUUUGCUGCUGCCCUCAUCACCUUCCACUCUCCGGUGAUAAUUUAGGGGGUUGCUGGACUCCAGGGUCAUAGAUUUAGGCCUAGCUGCACCACUGCUUCCAAAAAAGCUAUGGCAACAAGAGUUCAGUAUAAAUGAUUUCUUGCACAGCACGUGAGUGCUCAGAAUUUGGGUGUAGCAAUUAUCAAAAAUUACAGCACAGACUUGACAUUGAGACAACAGGCAAAGGUUCUGGUGAAGUGGCUCUUGACUGAGGAUUUUUGUUCUGUUAAGGUGGAUAUGGUAGGUACAAUCUGCAUUAAGCAAGGGCAAUUGCGUCCGUAAGAGUUGCAUCUUAAUAGUUAAACUGAACUAGAUUACUCAUUUGUAGCAAGCUCCCUAGAAAUCUUUUAGUCUUGUGCAUAUGAUUCAUGAACCAUAUACUUCAUGUAAAAACUUACAGAUAAAAUGAAACAAGUUGUGUCAUGUCAUUGUUUCUAAAUGUUACUGAAAAUAAGAGCUGCAGCCAAGGCUGUAACAAAAGAGAGUUUUAAAUUGUAAUGUGGUGUUUAUAUCAAGUUUAGUGCUGUCCAUAGUCAAAAGGUCAACAAUGAGACGAUUGAGCUGUCUAGAGAAUCAAAUGGUUCUCCUUUCUUGCAGAUGUGUUGGAGGCUUUGAGGAUUUCCUUUUCUUAUCAGGUCAUGUUAAAAUCUAUAUGCACAAUCUUCUCAAAGCUCUGCAGAUGUAAAAUUAGAACACCUUUCUUAGAGAAUGUCAGGACUAUUGAAUCUUAGCUGUGUAGUUUGCUUGCUUGAUAACUGAAGAUGGAAGUAUUUGCCUCAGUUAUUUUUCAGUACAAAAAUAUUUCAUGGAGCAAUCAUGGUGUUAUUAAGCAAAUGCUUUCUUCCUUUUUCUUGUCUGAAGACAAUCAGAAGGGUGGCUGUUGUAGUGUAAUGCUGGAUAUAUUUGUAUACAUUGAGAUUGCAGUCUACCUUCCACUGAGAAUUAGCACUUGCUGGUGGUAGCUGUGCAAAAAUUACUAUCUGUUACUUGUUUUCUCAAGAAUGAAGCGUAGAUCAGUGUGCGCUCUUGGAGAAACACAGUUUUGCUAUCUUGGAGAUUUAAUUGUAUCAGAUAGAAAAAGCCUUUCUUUUAAAAAGCACUUGAUUUCAUUAGUUACAGUUCAGUUUUAGUGCUCAAGGAGCUGUCAUUCGUUUUCCCAUCAUAACUUGAAGGUAGCCUUGCAGCUUUUCUGCUGCAAAAUAAACCACAUAAGGCCUCUCGGAACUUCUCAGCUACAAAGAAAUACAUGAUGGGAUCUAGGGCACCAUUCAGGCUGGUGAGGCAGGAAGUAAUUCGGUUGCCAAGAGCCAGAAUCCGCUGCAUUUCACAGGAAGUCUUCACACCAUCGUAAUUGAGAAUGUAAAUGUAACGGUUGAUAUGGUAGGGCACGAAACAGACCAAGAAGAUCAUGAGAACCAUUAUUAUCAUUUUGAUGGCUUUUUCCUUUAGAUGGUUCUCAAUUCGGUUCCCUCUUUUCAGGCUGCGUAUGAUCAGCAAGUAGCAGGUCACUGUAGUAAAAAAUGGAAGCGUAAAUGCCACAGCCAAUGACACGAGAGCAUGGCGUGAUGCCUUUUCUCUGUAGAGCUGCAGGCAGAUGGUGGUAUUGUUCAUCUCAGCUGUCUGCACACUGACCAAAAGAGGCGCCAUGGCCACAGCAACUAUAACCCACAGGAAAGCACAGGCCAAGUGGGCAUAGAGUGAUCUGCGGAGUUUGAGGGACUUUACAGGGUGCACGAUAGCUAGGAAGCGAUCUACACUGAUGCACAUGAGGAAGUAGAUGCUGGCAUACAUGUUGAGGUAGAAAAGGAAGCCUGUGAGUCGGCAAGGGAUCUCUCCAAACGGCCAGUGAUUGCCUGAAAAGUGGUAUACUAGCCGGGUUGGCAAAACUAGCACGAAGGACAGAUCGGCCAUGGCUAGGUGCAUCAGGAAAACGUUGGCUGGGGUGUCUGACUUUUGGUCCCGGAUGAAAAGCCAAAGAGCCAGAGCAUUGCCAACAAAGGCUAGGAUGAAAUCCAGAAGGUAGAAAGUAGCAAAAAGGAUGUUCUCCGUAUUGGUCUCUUUGCCACAUUGUUCUGAACUUUCCAGUGAAGUGUUGAAGAACAGGCCUGAAGAGUCAGCUAGGUUGUUCAUUCCUCACUGCGGGACUUGAAAUAUGAACCUGAAAUAAUAAAGAAGAAAAAGCUAGAGAAGAAUAUUACAACGUAGAGGAGGCAACAUGGAAAUCAGCCAAGCCUGCUGGUUUGCUUAUGUUUGUAAUGAAUGUUGGCCAGGAUCCAAAGCAUCCUAUGUCAUGUUCUGCAUAUGUUAGAGGGGUUUCCAGUUUUACUCCUGACAGCUUCCACUCUCUUAAAAAGCCACCCCCAAAUAGUGAGGGUCUCCCUUAAAGUAGCACCCCGUGAGAUAAAAGGAGCUGCCAUCAGAAGUAAAAAUUGGCCAAACCUUGUACAUACUCAGUUUGUAUGCACGCAAGAGCCUUUCUAGAUCUUAGCCACACUUUUUCCUGUGCUCUCCAUGACCAUUAAAAGUGUAUGUACUCUACUUUGUUUUAGUAAGUUUAGUUUUUAAAAGUUUUGCAGUAUAAUAAACUGGUUCUUAGAAUCUCUUAAUUGUUAAUAGUUUGAGGGGGGGAAGGCUAAAGCUGUAAAGUUUACAGGAUGAUAUACAACAGACAGGCAUACCUCACUUUAUUGCACUUUGCAAUAAAUGUUUCAUUGGAAUUAAGUAAAAAAAAUCACAGAGCAGAGUGUAACUCAAAAGGAUGGAAUGGAAGGAUCUGUCAAUUUCAGUUCUCUGUAUCUCAUUUUUCCAAUCUUAAAUUAUGUGAUCCACCUUACUGCAGCAACUUGCAAUUUAAAAAACAAAACCAGCAUUUUAGUGCAGAUUUCUCUUAAUGAACGCAUGUUUGUAUGCAGUUUUGUCAACAUUUACAUUUUUGCAAGCUUUUCUCUCCAAUAGGAAUUGUUUACAUUUUCCCCCACAAAUGUAUCCAUUUUUCUGCACAACGUUCCCUAAUAUGUGCAUUUUUAAAAACAUUGGUCAGAGAAUUGUGUCACAUAAUUCAGCUAAGUAUGAAUUCCAAAGGAUAGCUUUAUUGUGGCUUGUGUAUUGUUUCAGGAAGUGCCAUUUUGGUACAUAAGAAAACGCAACAUCGUAAGAGCCUGCUGGAUCAGGCCAACAACCCAUCUACCCUGUUUCCCCGAAAAUAAGACAGUGUCUUAUAUUAAUUUUUGCUCCCAAAGAUGUGCUAGGUCUUAUUUUCAGGGGAUGUCUUAUUUUUCCAUGAAGAAGAAUACGGUACACAUUUAUUGUCUAAUUGUGAGUCAGAGCGAGCAGCAGGCGGCAGCUUGUCCUGGCGGUGGCACGGGCUCUCUGAUUUAAAGAGACCUCGCACUGCCUGAACAGCUCCGGCUGCACUGCAGCCAAUCAGUGAGCUGCGCAACGGUGCCUGCUCUGCUGCUACGGUCCAGAGGAGUCAGACGCCUUGCAGUUGCUUCAGGGGCCUUAUAUUCUGGGGAGGCCUUAUUAUUGGGGAGGUCUUCUUUUCGGGGGAUGCCUUAUAUUACAGCGAGAGGCAAAACUGGAAGUAGGUCUUAUUUUGGGGGGAUGUCUUACUUUCGGGGAAAGACGGUAGUCCAGCAUCCUGUUCUUACAGUGGCCAACCAGUAGAUUAGCCUUUAAAUGUGAACAGAAUAAAAUGUCUCUCACAUCCUUAUAUGCCAGUCCUAUUGAACUCAGUGGGAGUGAACAUGGUUAGGAUCGCAUUGUUCAUUAACCUAUACCAUGUGUGGUGCAAAGUACUCUCAGGUUGCUGCAAAGCAUGCUGAGCUAAAGGACCCAUGGCUCCUGCUCUCUGAAUACAGUGGUACCUUGGGUUACAGACACUUCAGGUUACAGACUCCACUAACCCGGAAAUAGUGCCUCGGGUUAAGAACUUUGCUUCAGGAUGAGAACAGAAAUCGUGCUCCAGUGGUCCAGCAGUAGCGGGAGGCCCCAUUGGCUAAAGUGGUACCUCAGGUUAAGAACAGUUUCAGGUUAAGAAUGGACCUCCAGAACGAAUUAAGUGCUUAACCCGAGGUACCACUGUGUGUAAAAGCUGAAAAUUGUUUGAGAUCUUAACUUGAGCUCUAAUUGGGACAGACUGCUCUCUUGUAAUAGACUUAAGUGUAAUUCCUUCAUCUGACCACAGAGUGCUCUCUUGUACAGCAUUUUUAAAAAGAGGCAAAAUAAGGAGUUUCUUCCCCCUACACACACAAGAAGUCAACCUUCCCCUUGUUCAGAAGAGAAAACUUUCCCUUAAAUGUUGGGCAAUAGGACAUCUACAUCAAAUGCUUUAGAAAUUCUCUCCACUUGUUUUUCCCAAAGUUGCAAUAACACAGCAGGCUUUUAAUUGCUCAUUUUUCAUAGACAAUUUUGAUGGUUGACAUUAAACAAUCUCCAGUGUUAACUUAAAUUUUUAAAAAUAUAUAUAGCAAAUAUCUACAGCACAAUUAAAUGUCACACACAGGAAUCUUGCUAAUUAUUUCCAUGGGAUCCCUAAAUUAGGAGCUUGUUAUCGACAUGAAAAAUAUUUGGCAGUGUACUCCUAAUAAACCUGUUUGUUUAAACUGCAUACUUAUUUGACUUGUUUAUCUUAAAACUAUUCCCUGAAAGGGCUGACACAUGGAAGCUCGCUAACAUGGUACAGUAUUUGUCUAGUGGCUGCCUCUAUGCAAUGACUGGAGAAUUUUUCACCAUGAGGCAGUUUUGUCUCCACUGUUGCUUCUGGACAACUUGUUUAAUCAGCAUUCAGCCUGAUUUGUCUGCAGAGAGUUUAGGCGACACUGGCUAUUAAAUGAACAUUCAGCUUGAUUUGUUUAUGGGGAGAUUAAACAAUGCUGUGUCAAGCAAGUGUUAUCCCACACUUUCCAGUACAUUUGCAAUUCCUUUCCUUAUCGCAGAAAGUCCAUUAUUUUAGGGAAGUGGGUUUGUUAUGCAAGAGCUCCAAAUCUGCUUCGUUUGUGCACCUUGAAUCUGCAAGUUGUGCAAAAAUAGAAGUAGUCUGGAAACACCCCCAUACCAUCACCAAACAAAGUUAUUGGUGAUGUGGAGAAUACUGAAUGGGGGCAUCUCCUCCUUGUGUUGAACCGCUGUACCUGCACAAUUCUUCACUGGAUGCAAUUUCAAGCAGCCUCCAUUUGGUACCUUUCCAUGUGAAAUAAACAGAACAUUAAUAACUGUCUGAAAGAUUUUUGUGGAGCAGCUACCUCUGUAGAACAUGUUGAGAUAUUUACAUGAAUAGUUCUUGUCAACAAUUUCACUGUUUUAAAGAACGUGAUCUAGAAGAGGUUUUAAAAGCACUCCCUCAUACAUGUCUUUCACUGGUGUAAUUACUGUAGUUGUGGGAUUUUAAGAAUAUGGCAUAUAAAACAUUUAUACUUUUUGAAAUUAUUCAUAUUGGAUGUAAUAGUCAAUAAAUAGGAAAUAGGGAAAUGACUGGCCUUAGUUUGUGUUACUAAUGAGUUGUUAGGGUCUAUAGCAACAAUUGCUUUAUCUAUCUAUUCAAUUCUGUUUUAGGAGUAAGUUAUCCACAAUUUUCCAAAUUGCACAAACAGUAGGUAGAAGUGUAACUUGGCACAUAGCUGCUCAUUUGUAUUGUGUGCUGUGCAUUCAAGUCUAUUUUAUGCAAAUUCAUUUUGUGUGUGCAGUCUUCUGGAUCAUUGCUACCGUUUUCACAAGAGUCUUUACAUUCUUACUAGUAUUCCAACAUGCUACUUCUGUUAAUAAAAUUCAUUUCCUGUUAGGGUUUGUAUAUCAUUCAUAAGUGUAUAUCUAGGUGACUUUGAAUAAAUAAAAGUAACAUCAUUACUUGCACACGAUAACAUCAAUCCAUUGUUACUAGGCCCCCAGAAAUCAUCUUAGUUUGUGAGAUAUCAAGGAGGUUCUGCUUAGGAAAACAUAAUGAUUUUUCAAAAGCGUAGUGGCAAGAACAUUUUGUCAACUGGAAAAAUCCCAGGCAUACACUAUUUUUACAGUGCUGUUGCUCUGUUCUUAUGACUUGAAGAUACUGUAUAGGUUCAUCAGAGGAGCUUUAAUUGGCUGCUGCAUGCUGUUUGUGUCUAGUUUCUAACUGCUAGACCAUUUUCACACAAGUUGCUAAAAAGUGCACCACUUGCACUGUCUGUGCACUGUGUACCCAUCAUUAAAUGAAAGGCAGAAUGCAAAAGAAAAGUGGAAUGCACUGUCUGUGUUGUAGAGUAUUUUGAGCACAAAACUUCUAAAGUCAAAAUGUCCCUGCAACUCCUUGUACUUUCCCUCCUAGCUUGUAUAAUCUGUAAGCCCUGGGGAACAGUAUGGUGCUCUGUGAGAACGUUCUCAAUUUUCACACCCCCACACCCCAAGGUUGUAAUUCCCAUUGAAACCAAAGUGCUUACCUCUUGCAGCUUGCAGUCCUGUAGAAAAGAGAGGUAAAGAUCUUGUUAGCUUCUUAGAGUGCCAGCAAAUGUAGGUAAGAGAGAAAGGCUAAAAACAGUGACGAUCCAGGAGAUGCAGACAGUGGCAGGUUCAGUGGAAGGGUGAGUUGCACUAUAUAGAGCCCUGUUGGAGAUGAUAGUCCAUUAUCAUCUUGCUCACAUGAGAGGAGGGUAGAUAACACAUUUGCUGUGAAAGACAGUUUUCAUUCCAGCUGGGCUGUUCGGAAGGGGGGAGUUGCUGUGGUAUUUAUGAAUAUUCCAAUGUUUCUCUAGCACUCUUUCUCUCUCACUCUGAACCUCUGCCUUUUACGCUGACUCUUUGGAUCCCUCUGACCAUUUUAGAGAGUUUGGAAAGCGUUGCAGAAAGAGAGAGGAAAUUUGGUGUUGCAGACACAACAGGACAUUUCAGAAGGGGAUAAUUCCAUAAUAGUGGGAGUGGGGGUGAGAAGGACGGCUGCCAUAGAAACGGCUCUGUGAUUCUAAGACCUCCCUUUGCUUCCAGUGGAGGAGGGUCUAUAGGAUGGUAGGGGGGUGCUUCUGAAUGAGCCUUGCUGAUAAUGGGUUGUCAGUGGAAAGGGCUUAAGGCCCCUUAUUCAGUUGAAUGAGAGGGGGCUCUUUUUAGGACACUUGCUAUAGGGGUCUCAGUGUCCUGCCCUGUAUAAUUAGACUCCGUUCCACAGUGUGGAAUAAAAUUGAGGCCUUUAUCCUGAGAUGAACACAGCUGCAUGCCCCCAUUUAUAAAGGAACGCUGUCUGCUUUCUUUCUAGGGACUGUGGCUCUUGUCUGGGACAGCAAUAUCUUCAGCUCUAGGGAGGAACAGAGUAGAAGACUUGUGAAGAGGGAGUGUUAAUAACAUUCCUUUCCACUUAUGCUCACUGGGACUUUCUAUUUGAGGCUUGUAAAAAUACAAGGCUGUACAACAGCCUUGUGACAUUGAGAUUUAUUAUUAGCUUUAUUUUACUGGUAGGGACCUGGAGGCUAAGUGACCUGCCUGGAACUCUCAGGAAGCCAGUGAGACUGCCUGGAAUAAGCCCAGGGUCUCUUCGCUCCUUUCCCAUAGGUAUUUGCACUGUUGCAUCUACCAGCUGUCCUCUGUGACUAUGCACUUCGCUCCGCAGAUAAGCAAACCGGGUGUGUCACUGGAGUUCCAUAUGUACAGAGGCACAGUUGCAUACAUUGCAUUUGGAAAUGCACACACUGGCAUUGUAUGUACUCAUAAAUAUGUAUUUGAAUGGUCUAACCAUUUAUGCUGCUUUUUGUUAUGGAUAUCUAAAUUGUGCUAGGAGAGCAUGAGUAGGGGAACCAAUAGUUUUGGUCAUGAAAAAAAAUAAAAUUCAGCUUGAUGCUUGCCAUCAGUGCCAGUUUUAGACCAUUCAUGCAAUCUUUUUGUCUCUAAAUAUACCCUACUGGUUGCAUUCACAAGUAAGCCUUCUCAGCUACACAGCUGAGAAGCUCUGUAGCCUAGAAAGCAACCUUGUGUAGCUUAUACCUGUAUGAUGUCUCCCAACUUUUUUCUUUAAUUCUUGCUCUAGGCACCUCUGUAGGCCUUGCCAUAAUCGUGAGAAAGCCAAGGGCUUGGGCAAGUAUAUUUGCCAGAAGUGCCACUUGAUAAUUGAUGAACAGCCACUGAUGUUCAGGAAUGAUUCCUACCAUCCAGAUCACUUCAGCUGCACCCACUGCGGGUAUGUCAACUCUCUUUCAGCUAGGACUCUGGAGCAAGCGAAAAGGCAUAGAAUGCGCAAUUGUGGUGUCUUGCAAGGGACCUGAGCGAUCUUAAGAAUAAGCUUUGCUGCAUUUAUGCAGACUGACUAACAAGAAUGCGGAAGUUCAAAAAGCAUUUGAAUAAUAAAAAAGAACCCCAGAGGAACUGUAGUGAUUGUGCUGAGCUGUAAUAAACUUUGCCUUAUACAAUUCAUUGUUCAGCUGGCACCAUUCCUGACGGGUGUUAACAUCCUUGGAAAGAGACAGUUGUGAAGGCUUGUUGUUACAAAAGCAAUGGCAUUAGAACUUAGCAGCAGCUUGAUGGGCCCUACAGUUUACAGUAUUUUAGAAUCCCUGCCAUUUCUGAUGGAGACUGCUUAUCUAAACAGAUUUCAAACUGGAUUCACAAAAACCAAGGGCCUCAUUAUAAAAUAGCUUGUCAUAUGUCACAAUCAUGUUGUUAAUCAGCAGGCAAAGGAAGGAUGUUUGUGUUUAAUGUUUCCUUUUGAGAGCUUCUCUUUAUCCCUAUUUGUCAGGAGAGUGCCUGGUUUAUUUGGACGGAGUGACUAUCAGCAUGAUGUGUUGAGGACAAGCUUUUUCUGCAAAGGUCUUGAUUAUUCCUUCUGUUGCGUGCAGGAAGGAGCUGACAGCUGAUGCCAGGGAGCUGAAGGGGGAGCUCUACUGCCUGCCUUGCCAUGACAAGAUGGGCAUCCCAAUCUGUGGGGCCUGUCGCAGGCCCAUUGAGGGUCGAGUGGUCAAUGCUCUGGGGAAACAAUGGCAUGUGGAGGUGAGAAUUCUCCUGUUGUGCUACUUGCUCUGGGAUUCAUGUUACAGAGAGACUCCUGACACAGCCUGUGUUAAUAAGUAGAUGCUGCCACAGUUCUUUUGAAGCCAUAGGAGCUGCAUGCCAUUGUUUCAGGUGGUUUAUCCAUUAUUAUUCUGUUUCUUUAGAUCUCUAGCCUAUUCCCCAAAAUAUACUAUUUAGGUAUCAAAGCACACGUCAAACAUAUUACAAGUAAUAAAGCCACACCUUCUUCUUCUUUUGCAAAGCAUUACAUUUCAAAAAGAUUUAGUGAAUCAUCAAAGAGAGGAGCUUCACAAUUAUGGGACAGUCACCGGGAAUACAUUUCUGUGUGCCAAACAAAGAUAUAAAAUUGACACAAAUAUUAAUCCCAGCAGGACAGUCUUAGUUUAUCCAUAGUUGAGAAAACAGUAUCUUUAGUAUGCUUUGGCAGUAUAUUAAAUUACUCUAUAGAGAUUAUAAGCAGGACCUUGCAGUGUGGCUGGGAGAAAAUCAGAAGUCAGAGCUGAUGCUGGAGGGUUGAUAUAAUACACUCCAGUGACUAAUCCCCAUCAAGAGGCAAGCUGUGCUGAAACAUCUGUCCACGACAUGCUGAUCAUUCAUAUUCCUAAAUGCUUUAUACAGUGGUACCUCGGGUUACAUACGCUUCAGGUUACAGACACUUCAGGUUACAGACUCCGCUAACCCAGAAAUAUUACCUCGGGUUAAGAACUUUGCUUCAGGAUGAGAACAGAAAUAGCGCUGUGAUGGCAUGGCGGCAGCGGGAGGCCCCAUUAGCUAAAGCGGUGCUCCAGGUUAAGAACAGUUUCAGGUUAAGAACGGACCUCCGGAAUGAAUUAAGUACUUAAUCCGAGGUACCACUGUACUCAAACUAUUAUUAGGAGUCUGUCUAAGGUGUGGUUCAUAUUUGCUGGCAAAUAUUUGCUUACUACUUAUUUUAUCCAGGCACUUUUCUGGAAUAAAACUGCCUGUAGCACAGACCCCUGGACCCUGACAUGUCUUUUAACCUUCCAGCAUUUUGUUUGUGCCAAAUGUGAGAAGCCAUUCCUGGGACACCGGCACUAUGAGAAGAAAGGUCUGGCUUACUGUGAGACUCAUUACAACCAGGUGAAAUCUGUUCUUAUUUGAACUCUGCACUCCCAAACCCCCACUCCCACCCCCCCCCCAAAAUGAGCAAGAGAUAAGAGGUUGUUUCCAAAUGAGGGAUUUAAGAAAUCCCUGCUGUUUGAACUGAAAUGCCUACAAAUAUGAGGCGUAAGGAAUUUCAAACUUUUAAUAUCUUAAGAGAUUCAGCUGAGUGAGGCUGCUAACCCCUAGCGGUAUCAACAUGCAAAUUUAAGGAACUUAAGCAACCUUAAUCAUAAAUAAACAUUAUUUAAAUUGAAUAGAAUUUUUUUUGGGGGGGAGAGAGCCAGUGCCAAGAGUUCUCUAGCUGGAAACUUGGGGGGGGGGGCUGCACAAGAUUGCAUUCUUUACAAAUAUAUCUCCAGAGUUUUGUCUUUCAAAGGAAGCUAUACCCAAUACUGUAGCCUCUAUCACUCAGGAAGUGGGGAACAUGUAACAGUACAUACCUAUGCCCAGUUUUCUGUAUCUCGCUGAGCUUCAGAUACCAUGCAGCCUCAUCACUGUACGGGAUUAUGCAUGUGCUGGAAGGCCAGUGUCAGAAGGAGCCAGUUGAGAGGGGAGGGAAGACAAUGGGCUUCUGCCCAUUAAGCACACGGGUGGGGGUGGGGCUCAUUGUCUCUUCCUACUUCUUUGCAGGGUCACUCAAAGUUCUUAACCUUACCCUGCUUAACUUGUAGCUGUAAAGCUGCAUUUGGAAAUACUUGAGAUAGGAGCAUGUGCGAGGCUUUUAUUCCACCUCAACAGUGUCAUUAAUUGCUGCACAUUUCCUUUCUCUUACAAAAGUUAAAGAGAGACACAUCCACUUUGGUGGGAGAAAGUAAAUGCAGACUGUCCUACUGAUGGCACUUUGCUAGCACUCCAUGUAAGGCACUUAGCAAAUCUGUAAGGGGAAGAAAACAGACAACUGGGUACACACCUGCAAAUUGCCUUUGAUGCCAGGUUGCACUGCACUCGGUAUGGAAUAAAGCAGACUAUAACAAAAUUGCUUGGAGGCAGCAUUUAGGGACAGCCCAUUCCUGCCUCUUGCAGAUCAGUUUUUUUCAAAGCACCAAACACCUGUGUUAACAUUAAUUCCUGAGUAAGUGAAACCCUGAGAAAACACAAUAGAAACCUUGUGAAGAUGAAAUGGAUUGCAGGCAUGUUGCCCUCCAAGAGAUCCUCGGCCUGUCCCUUACGGAUUAACAGAUUCAGAAUAAGCAAUAGCCACUAUUUUGUUAAGUCCAGAAAACCCAGUACACAUCCUCUCUUAGAAAGAUAUUUCUGGUCCCAAGGAUCUGGGUUGCUGUUUUUUUAAGCUCACAUUUCCCCCCUGACAGGUAUACGCUACACACUACUGUGGUGUGCCAUUCCUAUCAAAGGGUGCAAAAAGCAGCCUUGGGAAUGCAAGUUUGAUUGUUGUGCAAAUGUGUGAGAAAAGCUAUUGAGGUGCCUGAAAUGUGUAAAGUAAUGUGGGGCACUAUUGUAGAGGCACUAAAUUAAUCCAUUGUUGGGACCAAGUUGUCUGAUUUGAUAAAAAGGGGCAGACAGACCCCCUCCAUUAGUUUAAAAAAGCUCAUUUUGUUUUGCUUUUUUGUUUUUCUGCACAGCUCUUUGGAGAUGUCUGCUAUAACUGCAGCCAUGUGAUUGAGGGGGAUGGUAAGUUUAAGCCUGUUUGUCAAUGCAGCUGUUGCAGCCCUGCACGGACAAGGCCUCAGUGAUUGAUUUCCCCCCACAUCUGUCCUUGCUCAAUUUAGUACAGUUCUGCAGUUUGAUAACCCACCCUUGUUUGAUAUUUUCCACUAGUGGUCUCUGCUCUCAACAAGGCUUGGUGUGUGAACUGCUUCGCUUGUUCCACCUGCAACAUCAAACUCACAUUGAAGUAAGUGGCAAGCAAAGGCUGUUCUGGUGGGGGAAGGUAACAUGACUCAGGGAGUUACUGCAGUCUGACAGUGUUACAUUGUGGUCAGAGUAACUGGCUCAAGUUUGGCGAGAGAAGCAUGUAAAUCAUAGGAGACACUCCUUGAAAUCACUGAGAAAAUAUGUAUACAAGUAUACACUCAAACAAUGUUCCAUCACCGGCAAGUAGUUUGACAUUUCUUUUGGGGCCAGAUAGUCCAGACUGCCACUCCUUAUCUUGCAGUGUUCCUAUGCUAGUCCUGUUGCAUUUGCAGCUAAUGUGUGACGGGAACAGUGCCAUAAUUACUUUCAAGGAGGGGACAUGUCAUGUCAACUUGCAAGGUGGAGGGCUCAUUCAUAAGAUUUGCUUUCAGAUAGUCACUUAAGCCUGCCAGUAGGGUCACUGUAUGCAUACCUGUAAGCAAAUCUUCUAUCAAGAUAGGCUUUAUUCCAUUGUGUCGAUUGGCUGCCAUGGCACUUGCUCACUACCCAAUCUGCUUGUAUUUUGAUUUCCCAGUUUGUUGACUGACAUGACAGGCCGGAGCUUGCUCCACCAGCAAAUUUUGUUUUAGAAGAAGUGCCUUUCCCCCACCCCCAAGCCUGCUGCUUGAAGUAGCAGGCUGGAGCAAGUAUAUAAGAAGAUCUAGUCACAAUUGAACACACUUACCGUAUUUUUCGCCCCAUAGGGCGCACCGGCCCAUAGUUGUUUUUUUUGGGGGGGGGAAUAAAGAAAAAAAAAUUUAUUUCCAGCCCCCAGAACAGGCUGCUAUCCGCAAGCCUAGGGAGCCCGGCGGGAAGUCGCGCCGGGCUCCCAAGGCUUGCAGAGAGCUGCCCGAAGCCCGGGGUGCGCUCCCCGUGUUUCGGGCUGCAGGCUGCUGUCCGCAAGCCUUGGGAGCCCGGCGGGAACUCUCGCCUGGCUCCCAAGGCUUGCGGAUAGCUUCCUGAAGCUUGGAGAGCGAUCAGGGUCGGUGCGCACCAACCCCUCUCGCUCUCCAGGCUUCAGCAAAAGCCUGCAUUCGCCCCAUAGGACGCACACACAUUUCCCCUUCAUUUUUGGAGGGAAAAAAGUGCGUCCUAUAGGGCGAAAAAUACGGUACCUGGAAUUUCAAGCACUGAGUUUAUGAAACAUAUUCAUUUUAUGAAAAGAUGUGAAAAAUGCAAGAGAAAGAAGCAAGCGUCAAGCUGAUACCCUUUCAGAAAUCAUGAAACGUCCACACAUUUUGAUCCUAGCCUUCUCCCGGAGCAGUCACGUUUUCUUUCUUUCUUCAGAGAAAGCUCUGAUUGGGAUCCUUUUAUCUCAGAGAGAGAACAGAAAUGGACAAGGGAAGCAGUCUGCAUCCAGUAACUGGCAGGCAGUGGCUCCCCAGCCUCACUGGCAAAUAUAUUUCUUUGUUUUACCCUUUUAAACCUGCGAUGCUGAAGACUGGAUGUGAGAUCUUCUACUUGCAUAGUUCUAACUCAUUCAUUUGGAACAGAUUUUAUGUUGGCAAGUUUUUUUUAAAAAUGAAAGGAAUGUAUACCACAUACCUUACUCACUUAGACGUUAAGCCUCACAUGACUUCCUAACUGAAGAUUAAAUCCUUCUGUAUUUCUUUGAAAGGAAUAAGUUUGUGGAAUUUGACAUGAAGCCAGUGUGCAAGAAGUGCUAUGAGAAAUUCCCUUUGGAGCUGAAGAAGAGGCUGAAGAAGCUGUCUGAGUUGGCCUCCAAGAAAACGCACCCAAAAGCUCUGGACUUAAACUCUGCUUAA